AUGAAGAAGACGGCGCAGGUCGCCACCUUCGCAGACGUGGUGGUGAGGCCGCGUAGAGCCAUUUCAGAGCCUUUCCUCGCCUCCUGGGACUACUCGGCCCAGCACACCUACCUCUCGGUCCAGCUUUCAGCCGAGGCCGAAGUAGAGGCCGCGGUUCGAGUAGAAGAAGACGGUGUAGUGACGGAGGAGGCAGAGGCGGUGGAAGAGGAGGAGACCAGCAGAACGACCCUCAGUGCGAGUGGCGUGUGGGCGAUGACCGGUGAAGCUGUGGGGGACGACCCGGUCGAGUUCUACUCGAAGCUGGCGGGGGACGAGGUGCGACUGGAGAAUGUGGACGGCCGGCCAGUGGUGGUGUCGGGCACCUUCCAGGGCCUCUUUGCAGCACUCCUUACACACCUGGGAGACGACCCAUUCAUAGAGAAGUUUUUGGCUACCCACCGCUACUACACAGACGCUGUCAGCUUGAUGAAACGGUUUCAAACCUUCUACCUAGGCAUUCACCUGGAGGGCUGCGCCAUGGAUGCUGAUAGCUUCAGGACUUGCCGGGCCAAGCAGGCGGCGAUUCGACAAAAAAUCAUCAAGAUCGUGAGGCUGUGGGUCAACAUGUUUUACUCCGACUUCCUGGACAACACCCUGCUACAGGAACAACUCGACGCCUUCGAGAACCAGGUCCAGGCAGUGGCCGGCAAGUCCCCCAGCUGGCGCAUGCUUUGUAUAGAAAGAGCCAAAGCGCAGCACCGGGUCGACGAACGGGUCGGACGGCCUCCCACCUACUGGGACGCACCACAGUCCCUCGUGCCACUCCACAAAUCCCCCUCUCUGCUCGACAUCUCACCGAUCGAGACAUGCUACUGGGUGGCCACGGAGAUCGUGCUGACGCCGAAUCAGAAGCAACGGUCGGUGGUGAUCGAGCGGUUCAUCGACCUGGCCGCCCAGUGCCUCAAGCUGGCCAAUUUCAACGCCGUUAUGGCCAUCCACCUAGCCCUCAACCUUUCCUCUGUCUCGCGGCUCAAAGCCUCCUGGAAGGGCGUCAGCGCCAAACACCUUCAGCGACUGAAUGAGAUCUCUGCAAUCACAGACCCAAGCCACAACUAUGCCAAUUACCGAAAGCUGGUGGCGGCGACCAAGCCGCCCAUGAUCCCCUUCCAGGCGCUCAACCUCAAGGAGCUCACCUUCAUCGAGGAGAACGUGGACCGGCUCGAGAACGACUGGAUCAAUUUUGAGAAGAUGGCGCUGCUGGCCAAGGUCACGGUCACCAUCGCCCACCUGCAGAAGGUGGCCUACAAAUUCAACGAGGUGGAGGUGGUCAUGCGAUACCUCAAGCAACCGCCCAUCGUGCUGGGCGAGAAGGAGCUCAUCCAGCGCUCCCGUCUGUGCGAGCCCUCGCAGGACUAUGGCGGCUCGACCAUCCAGCAGCACAAGCCCGCGACCGACAUCGGCACCAGCAGCAACAACAACAGCACCCUGAAGAAGAGGUCGUCCAACCGGCUGACCAGGAGCUUGCAGGCCGUGCGGCUCUCCUUGAAGAACCUCAAGGACGACACCUUCGCCCUGCCCACGGGAGGAGGAGGUUCUCAUGCAUGA